UUUUUUGUUUUGUCGCUUGGUUUAAGUCAGAUUUUUGAUGUAUAUGACCGGAAAAUUGCAUGCUAUGUAGUCAGUGUUUAAAAUUUUAGUUAUUAAGGACCUCAUCUGAAAACUAGCUAGGUUGUCAACAUAUAUUUUUCCUAAAAUAUUCAAUUACAAAACGAAAAUCACUAUGUCUGUAAGCGUUUCAAUUGAAGCUCAUCAAGAAUAUCAAGUGCAAGAAAUCACCUAUGAUGGCCAAGAAAUUUACUCUCAGCCACUUUCUAUGUCAGAAAAUUUGACCAGGCUUGCUCACAAAAUUGAUUUUGGAAAGACUGAAAAUGAUUUUCAGACUAUAACGGAGUCUCCUGAUGAAGAUAGCAAAGAACUUGCAACAUUUCAAGCUUCACUUUGGCCCUGGGACUCUGUUAGGAGCAAAUUAAGAUCUAUGCUGACAGAAGUUUGUGUGCUGGUUGAUGUUCUUAAUAUUGCCAAAGAAAAACGUUAUAUGGUUAUUGAUCCAGUAUCUCAAGAUCCUCCCGAUCCAAAACCCCUUAUUGUUCUAUUGCAGAAAAAGAAGGCACUUGCUAAUGCUGCAAGUAUUAUUUCAAGAGGUGCUGAAAGAUUACGUGAAUCUCAAUGUGAAAGUGCGAGAGGUAGGUCAUUGCCUGAUUUCCAUUUGGAAUUGUUACAUAUGAGAACAUCAUGGAGGCUAAAAAAAGUUGGAAACAAUAUAUUGGGAGACCUAAGCUAUCGUAGCGCUGGAUCCCGGUACUGGCAAUCUGGAAUAUUUGAAGUUAGCAAAAAUGAGAGUCCUGAAAAUACUGCUAGCAGUACUAUUACAAGUAUGCCAGUGCGAAAUCCUAACGCAAUUAAAGUUACAUUACCCAAUGAGCUUGAAGGAACAAGUUACAUCCAAGUUUCAAUACAGAAUGAUACUGAAACUAUAGCAUCAGGUGAAUUAAGUAUUCCUUUACCUCAUGGUGCCUUGGCUUUAGCUGAAUCAAAUUGGCAACAGAAAUUGGAAGCUGCACAAAAUGUUUUGUUCUGCAAAGAAUUGUUUUCACAGCUUGCAAGUGAAGCAGUUCAAAUGCAGUCAAGUAUUCCUAAUCUUGUUGUAGGGAAUCAAAUAACAACUUCUCUUUUUCCUGGUGUACAACUCAAUAUUGGCUUGUGUCAUAGUACAAUACAAGACAGAGUAAAGACUGCAGUAUCUGGUCUUAGUGCUCCUGGUGAACAUAAACCAGUUUUAGAACAUUCUUUACACCAACUGCUGCGUGAGUUGCAUUAUAAAGCCAUUCAUCAUCCUAUGCCGCAUCCAACAACUUCAACAUUGGGCAUCAGCAAGCGUAGAAGACUGGCUGGACCUGAAGCUUCAGACUUAGAAACCAUUCGUAGAUCAAUCGACUAUGAAAGCCUGUUAGAACAAAUAAUAAAGCAGUCUCGUCAUGCCCAUUUAAGACUCAGGACUAUGUAUAUGAUUGACACAUUUGCUGCUGAAAUUAAAGAUCCAUUAAUAGUUGCUCAUUGGUCAUGCCUCAACAGUCCAACUCUAACUAGUGUGAAGAUAAAUGUUAUGACCAAUGGUUAUGAAACAAUUUGCAGGACUCCAUUAGUUGUUUAUGUAGAAGAGAAAAGUUUAAGAGCAGUUUGCAGAGAUGGUCGCUCAAUGACUUUAUCAUACGAAGCUCAAGAACUCAGAUACCUUCUCAUGUGUCAGGUAUCACAACAUCAAGUCAAUGCUGCUCAAGCAUUAGCAAAACUGAUGGGAUGGAAAGUUAUUUCUACAUGUAAUAAUUUGGGUAUAGGAAUGCUAGAACCUGUUGGAAAUGCAUCUUCAGUAUUAAUGGCUUCUCCUGUUGGAGACAGAGUCAUCGCCAUAAGAUGUGGUCCAAAAACUGGAAUCCAUGUCAGUGUUUCGUUUUCACCUCAGCAUGCAGAUUUCUAUCCCAGCACAUUAGUUCGAGACAGGAAAUGGCAAAAUUUAGCUGGCAGUUUCCGAGAAGUGUGGUGGGAAAAAAUGGAAGGCCGGAACUUCUUGAAUAAAUUGGAACAUUUGAUGGCCAGUGUGACUCCUUGUUGAUUCAUAAUAUUUAUAAUGAAAUU